AACUAACUUGGUUCUUCAUGUCCUUCGUGAUAAAGACACACCGCGAACUGAGUAUCAUCGCCUGAUCUGGUGUCCGUUCAUCCCCGACGACUCUGACGACAGCAGCGUAACUGAGUCUUCCACACAAGAUGCCUCAAGAGUGCUGGUUCUUACUCACAAGGAAAAGGCAGAGAUCUGGAAUGUGGAUCUUGUAACCAAGGAAUAUUCAAGUGGUCCACUGUUGGCCGAAGAUGUGGAGUUUGGCCUUAUACAAAUAGACAGUCACAAACAGCCCAUCAUGGACGCUGCAUUUUCACCAGACGGUACUGCACUGGCCACGGCUAGUUUGGAUGGAGAAGUCAAGUUCUUCCAGGUCAAUAUGGGUGAAAACACAUCACCAAGGUGUCUACACCAGUGGAAACCACACGACGGUAAACCCCUCUCUAGCUUGUUCUUCCUCGACGACCAUAAGUACUUCAGUGCCGAUGCCCAGUUCUGGAAGUUUGCUGUGACCGGAGCUAUGAAUAAUCAAGAACUAAAGAUCUGGACGUGUGAAUCGUGGACAUGUCUACAGACGAUCAGAUUUUCCUGUCCACCAGGCUUACCAUCAAAUUUCCAACUGGAUCCCUGCAUGAAAGCAUCAUUAGAUUUGAGUGCAAAAUAUCUGGUUCUUUCUGAUAUUAGGAGAAAGGUGCUGUAUGUGUUACAAAUACAUCAGGAGAGCGACUCUAAUGCAGCCCAUAUCAGCUCCAUUUCCGAAUUUCUGCUAGCCCAGCCUUGCCUUAGCUUUGCUAUUAUGGAUGCCAGCAAGAAAAAGUUCAAAAAAUCUAUUGUAGAGGACGAUUCUCACCUGGAUGACAUCACCACAGGUGAACUUGAGCGCGAGGAAAACGAAGAUGGUGAUUGUAACAAAGUUGACGGCAGUACAACGUCGGGUGUUCAGAUAAAACUUUACACUGUACACCCUAAAACCCUACAAGAGUUACAAAUACGUUUCCGUCCAGAGUCGUCGGCACCGCCUUUACCCACCCCAUCAGUUAGCACCAUCUCUCAUGACGACACAGGGCUACAAGACGGCCUGUCGGACAUGAGCGUCAGCCUUGAGAUGAGCGGGACAGACGUUGAGAGCAGUAAGGAAGGCCUUGUAUCAGGACAGCCUGCUCCAGUCCUCCUCACCCCGGAUGUCUUCAAAGCGAGUCCGAGGAAGGUGACCCCGUCUGACAGCAGUAUCCUGGACCCUGUCCGAGUGAGUGCCGGGUCCAGUACAAGUAGCUUCACUCAUGUCACUGGACUUAACGAAGACUUCAUGUCGCCUCGUAGCUCUGGAGAUCAGUCCGAUAUCACACCAACCCAGACCCCUAAGGAUAUUACACCCGGACGAGUCAAUGCUGAACUCACACCUGGACGAGUCAACGGUGAACUCACACCUGGACGAGUCAAUGCCGAACUCACACCUGGACGAGUCAACGCUGAACUCACACCUGGACUAGUCAAUGCAGAGCUCACACCCGGCUCGGUCCCGCUGCCACCGAUUACCAAUGCAGAGGAGCGAGAACUACAAACUCCAAAGUCAAAAGAGUCACUCAAUUCUUCAGGGGAGGUAACUCCAAAGGCUGAAAACAGGCUAGCUAAUGUGUGUAUUGACGACCUGUUUGAUACUCAGGAUAGUAAUGGCAGGCCUAUAGUUGGGAGAACAUUUGACAGCACCAGUAGUACAACAGGUUUUGAUGUGAACGACAUCGUGGGCCCCAAACACUCCAGUUCUAAAGAGUACGAUGAAGACGAUGAAGAGGUGGCAGAGGUUCUAGGGGAGACGAUUGAGGAAGAGGAGGAUGGUAAGGAGAUGACAAUGGAAGGUACACAGCCGUUCGUAGAGCAGGGUACACAGUCCUCACAGGGUGACGGUGAAAGUCAGCAGGUACUGAGGGCGUGGCCACGCCCACCUGAUGUAAACACGGAGAGCCAGCCACUCCCACAGGAGAGCUAUGCAGAUGAAGAGGAGGGCGAUGACGAUGUUCAGGUGGAGGGAGAGGAAAUCUGCGAGGAAGAGGAAGAAGAGGACGACAUUGUAAACCGUGAGCAGAAAGAAGGGGAUGCACAGAACCAGACGCAGGAUGAGAGUAGUGAGGAAAUCGAGGAGCAGAUAGAGGAACAUUCAGGAGAGUCUGAACACAACAGUCCAAAGGAAGCUCCUGUGUUGAAAGCUGCAGAAAGACAUAGCAUUUCAUCUCCAAGAGAGGUUGCUGUACCUGUCCGAGAAAUACACAGAGAGAUUAUCCGGGAAGUCAUCGACAAGAAAUCUUUGUCCCAGCUGCAGGACAACCUACAAAGUGUGCUGGUGGCCCUGGAGGCUCAGAACAGCCAGAUACAGCGGUUACAGGAUCAGCUGGCAGAACAGCAAGAACAACAGGCCGAGUUACAGCGACAGCAGAUCGAGAUGGAACAGCUCCGACAGAUAGACAGACAGCAGCCUCAGCCAAACAUAGAGGAACAUCUGGGCAAGCUUGAGUCCAUAGUUACCUCGCGCGUGGAGCGAAUGUUCAGUCAACAUGCCAUGAAAGAAAACCAGCGGAUACAGGAUUUAUUACAGCAGACAGAACGACGUGACCAGCAUCGGCAGGACAAGUUACAGCAGGCUAUCACACAGACGGUCAACCAAGCGGUUCAACACAACCUGGAAAAGCAGGUCAAGGCCGAGAUGAGGAACAAUGUGGUGCCUAAUGUGAGCAAAAUCUUAGAACCAAUUAAGGAUCAGUUUCACCAGGAUAUGGCUCAGAAACUAACGGCCACAGAUGCUCUUCUUAAGGACAACAUCAGCAAGAUGGUGCGAUCUAGGCAAACUGUGGAUGCUAUAGGUAUGGCAGCGGGUAACGCCCUACAGACUCCAAUACAAGUGGCUUAUAGAGAGGCUUUCCAAAAUAUCGUAAUACCAAACUUCGAGCGUAGCACACAAAACAUGUUCCAGCAGAUAAACGAAACAUUUACGAAAGGAUCGAGAGAAUACAUCAAACAUUUGGACACACACUUAGACCAGAUUAAGCAGAAACACUUGGAGGCACGGGACCCUGUGGUGGGACAGCUGAAACAGUUGACAGACUCGUUCAGGACGUCCGCGGAGUCCAUGCAAACUGCUGUGAUGUCAACUCUACAGGGUCAAAUUCACACAGAUAUGGAAAAAUCAAUGACUAGUUUGCAGGAUCGAGUCGUCCAGUUCGUACGACAGGCUGUGAAAGAGGAGGUCAGUAUAGCAGUACGAGAGCAGGGUGCUAGUAUCAGCGAUAGUGUGCUAUCAGCGAUGAGGUCAGGCGCCGUGACCCCUAUACAGGUGACCCCUGACCCCCACCAGGCCCAGGCACAGAUUCUACAGCUGCUUCGUCAAGGUCAACUCAACGCAGCUUUCCAAGAGGCAUUGUCAGCAUCCAACCUGGACCUAGUAAUGUUUGUUUGUGAAACAGUAAACCCCCAACAAGUAUUCAACCAGACGCCCUGCCCUCUACAGCAGCCCGUCCUUCUCUCACUCAUACAACAGUUGUCAGCGGACUUAGCCAACAGUACAGAGCUCAAGCAUAA